AUGGAGAACGCCCUUCAAGUGGACGUAUAUAUCUCUCCCCCCAUCCCAGCAACAACAGGCUCCGGUGACCCAACUAAGCAAUGGUGGUCUCCGAUUUCCUGUACGCUGAUACAAGGGCCAACGUCAGCAGUUCUAGUCGAUACUCCUAUUUCUAUUAGGCAGACCGAAGAACUAGCAGCCUGGAUCAAGAAGACUGCCCCGGGCAAGAAACUGAAAUACAUAUACACAACCCACGCGCACGGCGAUCAUUUCUUUGGCAACCCAGUCAUCCUACAGCACUUUCCAGGCACCACUAGCGUCGCGACAUCCCUAGUGGCCGCGGGAAUCAAAACGACCUUGGUCAGUGCAAUCCCAAGAUGGGAAGAGUGGUUCCCCGAUGGUCAGAUUCUCACGAAAGAACAAAUUGUUCCUGAAUCCCUCCCCGAAAACGGAGAGUUCUCGAUCGACGGACACAGCCUUUUUGGUGUUAAUGUCGCGCAUUCCGACACAAGUGCCUCGUCCUUCUUACAUGUGCCGGACCUGAAACUUGUGGUUGCUGGCGACAUUGUCUAUGGAGACUGCUUCCAGUUCUUGGCCGAAGCGAAGACUGCGGAGAAGCGGGAAAAUUGGCUGGAUGCGCUCGAUCAGAUUGCGGCGUUGGAGCCGAGUAUUGUGGUUCCAGGACAUAAACGGGCGUCGCAGGCAGAUGGGCCCUACCUGAUUGAUGCGACUAGGGCGUACAUUUUGGCAUUUGCGGAGGAGGUGAAUCGACUAGGUGAUGCGGAUAAAGUUGAAGAAGCCAUGGUCAAGCGGUAUCCACACAGAUGGAACAGGUUUCUUUUGGAUGUGAGCUGUAAGAGCUCUGUUGCUGCUCUAUAG